AUUCUAUUAUAAAAAUAAAUAAUUAAAUCGAUUUUUUUUUUCAAGAAUAAAAAAAUGGUAUUCCAAUUGGGAAGGGUCGGGUAGUCCGUUGCCGUUGGGGAAGGAAACUUGGAAAGCGCUCAAUCCAAAACCGGAAUUGAAGGGUUUGAAAGUUGAAACUCUCUUCUCCUUCUUCAACACACACCACGCUAUGCCUGGGAUUAUUUUUCAUUUUUAUUAAUAAAAAAAAGGUCAAAUAAGGUCAAAGAGGAAAAUGAAUGAAACCAAAAUUCGGGUGUGUUGUGCUCAAUAACAAAUCAUUCGUUCUUCCGCCCCAGCCUUACAGUUGAAUCAAUUACCCUUUUCAUUCUCACUAUUAAUAAAAUCCAGUGUCUUCGGCUCUGAGUCCGCUUGCUUUCUAAUGGAACUAGAUUCUGCACUCACGAUUCCACCUACUCCUCCACGAAAUCUUUUUCCGCUUACGUGGGUCAAUCUCUCCGGCAAUCUAAUAUUAGCAUAUCAGAGCUUGGGGGUGGUGUAUGGUGACCUUAGCACUUCACCUCUUUAUGUUUACACAAGCACUUUGAUUGGGAAUUUGGAGGAUCAUCAGAAUGAAGAAGCAAUAUUUGGAGCAUGUUCCUUGAUUUUUUGGACCCUUACAUUGAUACCCCUUUGUAAAUAUGUGUUUAUCUUGCUAGCUGCUGAUGAUAAUGGUGAAGGUGGAACUUUUGCUCUGUACUCGCUGCUCUGUAGGCACGCAAACUUUAGCUUGCUUCCAAAUCAGCAAGCAUCUGAUGAAGAGCUCUCAGCCUACAGAUAUGGCCCCUCAACCCAUUCCAAUGUUUCCUUGUUGAAGCGAUUUUUGGAGAAGCAAAAGAGGCCAAGGACAGGCCUUCUUAUUGUGGUACUCUUUGGUUCUUCGAUGGUCAUUGGUGAUGGCGUGCUCACUUCAGCAAUAGCAGUUAUGUCAUCGUUGCCUGGGCUACAAUAUUCUGGAAAGAAAUUAACUAAAGGCGCACUCCUCUUGCUUGCUUGUGUCAUAUUGAUUAGCCUAUUUGCUCUGCAGCAUAUUGGCACGCACAAGGUAGCUUUUAUGUUUGCUCCGAUUGUGAUGUUGUGGCUGAUAUCAAUUUUUUGUGUUGGCUUGUACAACAUAAUACAUUGGAACCCAAAAGUUGUUUCUGCCAUUUAUCCCUAUUAUAUUAUCAAGUUCUUCAGAGAGACUGGUAGAGAUGGCUGGAUUUCUCUUGGAGGGAUCCUUCUAUCAAUAACCGGUACUGAAGCUAUGUACGCAGACCUUGGUCAUUUCACUGCUGUAUCUAUCAGGCUUGCAUUUGUAUUUGCAAUAUACCCGUGUUUGGUUGUACAAUACAUGGGUCAGGCUGCGUUCUUGUCAAGAAACCUCCAUUCGAUUCCUAACAGCUUCUUCGAAUCUAUUCCUGAUCCCGUUUUCUGGCCAAUCUUUGUAGUUGCCACCCUUUCAGCUGUUGUUGGAAGUCAGGCUACUAUAACUGCUACUUUUUCUGUAAUCAAACAAUGCCAGGCCCUUGGUUGCUUUCCUCGAGUCAAAAUUGUUCACACCUCAAAACAUAUAUAUGGCCAGAUCUACAUCCCAGAAAUAAACUGGAUGCUCAUGAUCCUUACUCUUUCCAUCACUAUUGGAUUUCAAGAUACAACUUUAAUCGGAAAUGCUUAUGGACUUGCAACUGCUACGUUGAUGUUCAUUACAACUUUUCUCGUGGCGCUUGUCAUAACCUUUGUUUGGCAGAAAAGCAUUUGGAUUUCCGGAAUGUUCCUUCUGUUCUUCGGGAUUAUCGAAGGGGCUUACUUAUCAGCAGCACUGAUGAAAGUGCCACAAGGAGGAUGGGUGCCUCUUGUGCUCUCCUUCAUAUUUAUGAUGAUUAUGUACAUUUGGCAUUAUGGGAUGCGCUUGAAGUACAACUUUGACAUGCACAACAAAGUACCAUUGCAAUGGUUGCUUGGCUUGGGUCCUAGCCUUGGUAUUGUUCGUGUGCCUGGGAUAGGCCUCAUAUACACAGAAUUGGCAACGGGAAUCCCUGCAAUAUUCUCCCACUUUGUUACGAACCUGCCUGCGUUCCAUAAGGUGUUAGUUUUUAUUUGUGUAAAGUCAGUUCCAGUCCCAUAUGUAUCAUCAGAUGAACGCUUUGUUGUUGGUCGGGUUUGCCCCAGGCCAUACCGUAUGUAUAGGUGUAUUGUGAGGUACGGGUACAAAGAUAUCCAGCGAGAUGAUGGGGAUUUCGAGAACCAGCUUAUACAAAGCCUAGCAGAGUUCAUCCAUAUGGAAGCUGGAGAACCAGAGUUCUGUAGUUCUGAGGGGUCAUUCGAUGGGAGGAUGAUGGUUACACGUUUAAGCAGCAUCCAAUCAGGCUCAACCAUAAUAGCUACUGAGAUAGAGGAUUGCAGUGAGAGUAGCUCCGUCCAAAGCAGCAAAUCCUCUGCCCUACUCAGCUUGCGAUCUGUUUACGAUGACGAGAAUCCACCAGUUAGGAAGCAGCACAUAAGAUUCCAUCUGCCAGCAAAUCGAAUUAUGGAUAGUGUCAUUCAGGAAGAGUUGAUGGAUUUGAUUGUGGCAAAGGAAGCUGGGUUUGCAUAUAUAAUGGGUCACUCUUAUGUAAAGGCCAGGAGAAGCUCAUCAUGUUUUAAAAAGUUUGUAAUUGACGUGGGGUAUACGUUUCUCCGAAAGAACUGCAGGGGCCCUUCCGUAGAUCUAAACAUUCCUCACAUCAAUCUCAUUGAAGUCGGAAUGAUAUAUUAUGUGUAGUCGUCCAAUCAGUUUAUCAUUCAUUUCAGUAGAAUCUGUAUGGCUACAUGUUGAGCUAGCCCCGUUCCCUUUUGGUAGGAACAUCAAGGCACAUUGAAUUCCCAGGGUUGGGUCGGUCUUUUACAUACAGUACUUUCUUACUCAACCUUUUUUCCCCUUCAUAUACAUAGCUAAAUGACAUAUUCAGUCAUUACUAUUAUUAUUCACCUGAUGAGUUAAUAACAUUUCUUUGA